UCCCCCCGUUUGUACAUUGGGGGCUGUACAGUUGUUUAUUAAUCAAAGCGGCAUCAUAUAAGUAGAGAGGGCUAUCUGACGUUUAAUAUACAAUUAAACGUCACAAGUUUGAGCAUUCGUUUUGACUCAAGUAAUGAAAGAUACACAUAUUUUUCCUAAACACUUGUUUUCAACUAAAAAGAAGUCAUGGAUAUAUGCAACGGGAUAAGGCGAAAGAUAAGAACCCCAAGAAGUCUGCGGGCUUUCAAAAGGCUGGUUGAAGCACAGAACGCCAAAAUGAAGACGAAACGGGAGGUAAAACAAGAGGUGGUCAAAGUCUUGAGGGCGCUGGUGGUAGGGAACAACAACGAAGACAUCGAUGUCCCUAUGGAGGAGGACUGUUUCUCAAUGAACUUUUCCAAGAACGAGAACCUGGAGCAUGCUAUAGUAAUGGCACCACGAUACAAUCUGUUGCGGGAGGUGGGAAGGGGCAGCUAUGGGGUAGUGUUCGAGGCAAUUGCGCUGAGGACUGGGGCAAGGGUAGCGGUUAAAAAACUGCAGUGCAACGCUCCCGAAAAUGUGGAACUCGCUCUGGCCGAAUUCUGGGCCUUGGCAAGCCUGGAGACGAAACACGAGAAUGUGGUGCAGCUCGAGGAAUGUGUGCUACAAAGGAAUGGCAUGGCCCAGAAAAUGAGUCAUGGAAAUAAAAGGUCCAAACAAUACCUGCGGUUGGUGGAGACUUCAUUAAAAGGUGAGCGGAUUCUGGGCUACCCAGAGGAGCCGUGCUACCUGUGGUUCGUCAUGGAGUUCUGCGAGGGCGGGGACCUCAACCAGUACAUCCUGUCACGGCGGCCUGACCCGCGCACCAACAAGAGCUUCAUGCGUCAGCUGACUAGCGCCGUGGCCUUCCUGCACAAGAACAACAUUGUGCACCGCGACCUCAAGCCCGAUAACAUCCUCAUCUCCCAGAAGUCGGGCUUUCCUGUACUCAAAGUGGCCGACUUCGGCCUAAGCAAGGUCUGCGCUGGCUUUGGCGCCGGUGGCAACGAUGGCGAUGAGCACCCCACAGCUGGUGGCGGGGACGGCAGCAACAACAAGAACGUGAACAAGUUCUGGCUGUCGUCGACUUGCGGCUCGGACUUCUUCAUGGCGCCCGAGGUGUGGGAGGGCCAUUACACGGCCAAGGCUGACAUCUUCGCCCUGGGCAUUAUCAUCUGGGCCAUGCUGGAGCGGAUCACCUUCAUUGACGCAGAGUCGAAGCGCGAGCUGCUAGGCACCUAUGUGCGGCAGGGCAGCGAGAUCGUGCCAGUGGGCGAGGCGCUGCUGGGAAACCCCAAGAUGGUCCUCCACAUCCCGCAGAAGACACGCAGCACCAUGUCGGAGGAGGUGAAGAAGCUGCUGCAGGACAUGCUGGCGGUCAACCCCCAGGACCGGCCCGACGCCUUCCAGCUGGAGGAGCGGGUGGACCAAGUCACGCGUGCUGCGUGACACUCCUCCCGUUCCCCUUUCCAACCCCUAGUCAGUCAGAGAAGGGACUGCUCUUUUACCAGAUUGGUAUACAAACUGAAGGUGGGAUUCCACAUCUGUACAGAGGUGUAAAAGGGACUAUGAACUGUGAAACCUCUACAAUUGCUCCUAAAUGUGAAAGAAUGGAGGGUUUGCGGUCAGCGCUUCUAAAAUCAGGACACCUUUAUCGGGAAAGCUAUGCAAUAAGUCAUAUGAGAAGUCAGGCCCUCUCCCCUUCCCCCACCGCACCUUUUAUUUUUAAAAAGCCGAAAGACAUUCACCAAUGGACGACGGUCAGGUAUGCCGUCGUCCUUGGCACACCUGGUUUGGAAUGGGGGCGGCAGUAGCCUUGAGGUUGGAGAAGCAGGCCAGCAUCUGGAGGGUUGCCGGUUCGAAUCCCACUGCUGAAGAGGGCCAAAAUAUGGCGGGAGUGAACCAGCAGGUGCCACCUACUUCUCCAACCUAAUGUGUGGAUGUGUGUGUGUAUAUCUUGGGGGUUAGAUAAAAUGUCCAUCCUGUAGGGACUAAUAAAGUAUAUCUUAUCUUAAUGGCCACAAGGAGUAAUAAUGAUUUGUUAUUUGAUGAGCUGGUCUUCAAAAUACAUUUUUCUCAAUGUUGUUUUUUUUAUUUGAAUUGAUUCUUCCUUCUUCUCCGAUGUUGACGUGUGUUGGAUGGGGCCACAGGCUAGUAUGGAUGGAUAAUCGUUCAUGUAUAUACCGGAGAGGAUAACAUGUUGCACUGUGUACCCUCUAUACCAGAGUUUUACAAAGUAUUCCUAAAACGACCGACGCUAAUGAUGUAGAAGAAGAGACUUGUAUACUGUGAAUUGGAAAUGUGAAUUCAGUUCAAUACAACUUCAUUUAUAGACAAUUUAGAAAGGUGGGUUAUAUUGGGUAGUUCAGUACACAGCGCCCCAUGUCCCCCGUCCUCAAUGGGGACACAUUGCACUAGUAUCAACCAAGCAGCAUCAUCAACACCCCUGUUCCCCUCCCUCUACACCCUUGUGCCUUAUUAGACUUCAAAUGGAGGGGUAACCAAUUUGAUUCCCAAGUAGUUUGAUUUUUAUUUUAUUUUUACAUGCAGUAUAUCAUUUUCCCUUGGUAGCAGGCCUAUAUAAUAUGAUAAUAUUGUUAUGUCGUGCAUUUGAAGCCAAACGGUGCCAUCUCCCUAUAUAAGAUCAUAAAAUGGUUUUAGGGGAAUUACCUAUUGCGUAAACCAAAUUGUACCCGAGUUGUGGACACUGAUGUCACAUAAUUUAAUAUUGGGCUAAAUAUAAAUUGAUUAUGUUAUAUAUCCCAAAUAUUUGGUAUGAAACGGAAUCAUGUUAAUUUCAGACCGAAAAAUGUACUGAUUAGCUAGUAAGUGCGAUGAAAAGUCUUAAGUUAUUGUAUGUCACUCACCAUUAACUUGACAUUGACAGUGUCUUUUUUUAUACAGAAAUUAAUAAUGAAAUGUAACUGUUGGCUACUGUGAGCAUGUUAUGGUUUCAAUGUGAGGUUUGUGUAUGAAGAUUCAGGACCCUCACCAAAAGGGAUUUUCGACUCACUUUAAGCCUAGUGCCAAUUAAGGGCAAAGCAGGCAACUGAGUGCUUCAAAAUUCCUUUUAAACUCUCAUUUACUUCUUUGACUUUGGAUUUUGUUACCAUAACAUUUGCUGAUAACAUGUAAAUAAUGCUAUGGAAUGGGAUCAAAAGGACCUCUGAUCUUUGUAAUUGAAUGGUUUUUGAAUAUCUGUUGGAGGUUCUUCAGUUUAGGAUUGUUUGGCAUUGGUAAUAGUUCCCCCAAGUAGCACCACAACUUAAAAAGUUGUUAAAAAAAUCACAGUUUCCUCGUUCACCAUAGAGCCGUUUUUAUUCGUGUCACUUCACUAUAAACAAGAUGUGUGUGGGAAUAACAGUUGAAUGGACAGAUACUAUUGUACACACACAAAAACACAUAGUCAUCGUCGUCGUUUUUCAAACACUACCACUUAAGAGACUACCUUCUAGAUUGUGAAGUGUCUUUUUGCAAUGUUUCUGACUUCCUAGUAUUUUAGUAAGUCCGAGUGACAAUACCCGUUCACGUAAUGGUUGACAGUCUAAACCAGGGCUGGAUCUUUCCAAAAAGCUAAUCCUGGAUUGCAGAAUGUGGACUUCAGCAAGCACCAACCAACAAACAGUUGAACCACAGCAUAUUGGGCAUGUUCCCUGUUAUCUAUUCACUUUUAUUUUAAGUGAGCACGGUAGUUGACGAUUGAUUCAUAGACAUGUUUCCAGGAUUCAGUUGGGACCGUAUCUUGUGUCAAGGCAACCCAUUCUUUCCUUUUUUAUUAGUCUAGUCUAGUUUCCCUUUUUAUUUCUUUCGUUUACGGCUAUUGACAAACACUCAAUCUGUUUUUGAUAGUCUGGUCCUACCUCAGUCUCCUCCUUCUCUGACCGUGUCUUUCACUAGACCGUCUCACUAGAUUACCUUUAAACUGGUUUCGGUCUAGACCUGUUUCAUUUGCAUUUUUAGAGGGCCAUUUCUUUCAUUGUGAUCGGUUUAGACCCGAGUCAGUUUUUCUUUAACCUCAACGGUCAAACUCCUCUAAGACGCUUUUAGAUGUGUUUUUUUUUAUUUUCUCCGCUACCAUUAGCUACUCUGAUCGCCGUUUGAGAUUUUGAAUACUUUACCUUCAAGCUUCGCUGCAGAUAACACUUAACUUUUGCCUUUUUAGCUUUUUUUAUUUUAAUUUUUUUUACAGAUAAUCUCAGAUUAUCACACCUCUUUCUCAGAUACCUCUAUUUUAAUGUUAGACUGUACACCCAGUAACACUCAGCUUUACUUAAGAGACCAGUUUGUUACCUGGAAAACCUCUGACCUCUUUCGGUGUUAACAAGUAAGUGAGCACUCCCUUUAACGUCAUGGCAACGUCUACUGUUGCAUGACUACUCUACAUUCAUGUUUUACGUUGAAAUAUACUGUAUAUGAUAAGGGAACUGAAGCUCUUUCCGCCACCUAUUGUUCAUACAUAAUGUUGUAUCUUGUUGGGAGUAGUGAAGACUUUGUGUGUAGGUUACAUGUGUAUUGCCAUGGUUUAAGGGGAACACUAGUCAUACAGCUACGGUAAUGAUUAUGCUUAAAAACCAACCCACUCCUCUAUGCAACCUCCUUUCACUGUACAAGGAACCAAACCAUUUGUUGUGUUCUGUUUGCUCUCCUGAACUACUACUUCUUUCAGCACCUAUGUCAAAGUGUGUAUACAGUACGCAUCAUGUAAACUAUGAACUUUUUGUUCAAGAAGCUAACUUGAGCCAUUUAGAUGUUUUUAGUAAAGCAUCUUUUUUUGUUGUUGCUGUAAAUGUUUGACAACUUCAGUUUCUCUUGAAAUAAAUUAUAAAAAAUAA